AUGCUGCAGAGACAGAGCUGGGCGCUGGUGCUGGCCGUGGGCAUCACCCUCAGCUUCAGCCUCUCUGUGCUGUGGAGGCUUCAGAGCCGUGUCCCCCCGCCAGUGGAAACAGCCUCAUUUGCUGGUCCUACAGCAGCAUCCGAGCCAGGGAUCGGCUGGCCCACAGCCUGCACCCCGAAGCCCAGCCCUGAGGCCACGGGGAUGGACGCAGAGCAGUGCCGGGAGCUGGGGCAGGAACUGAGCCAGCGCGUCCUCCCCGUGAGGCUGCACGAGGCCUGGAUCUGGAGGCGGCUGAAGCUGAUGCAGAGCUGCCCCUGGGCGUAUAACGCCCGCGCCCUGGGCCGGUACAGGGAGCAGCUGGGGCACUGCUGUAACGCGUCGGCCAACCUGGUGCUGACCCAGGACAACACCCCGCUGGGCUCGCGGAUCGUCUGCGACGGACAGCCGGCCAAGAAGCUGCUGGUGCAAGAGGCGCUGCUGGAGAUCCUGCCGCAGGGCUCCCCGUUUCAGGGCGCCCCCUACGACAGCUGCGCCGUGGUGGGGAAUGGGGGGAUCCUCCAUAACAGUGGCUGUGGCCCCGAGAUUGACCGCGCCCAGUUCGUCAUCAGGUUCAAUCUGCCCCCCAUGGGCUUUGCCGAGGAUGUGGGCACCAAAUCGAGCGUUAUCACCGUGAACCCCAGCAUCCUGGUUUUACGGUUUGGGGCACUGAGCCGCUGGCGCCGGCCCUUCGCGGAGGCGAUGGGCACCUACGGGGCCCCGCUGCUCCUCAUCCCGGCUUUCAGCUUCAUCGGCUUCACCGCGGUCUCAUCCCAGGUACUCUACACCCUGGAGGACUUUGGCUCCCCGGCCCGCGCCGUCUUCAUGAACCCCGAGUACCUAGCGGGGCUGGACAGGCACUGGCAUCGCCGUGGCCUGCGUGCCAAACGCCUCUCCUCGGGCUUCAUGCUGGUGAACACCGCCCUGGAGCUGUGCCAGCACCUCACCCUCUACGGCUUCUGGCCCUUCCCCACCGACCCCGAGGGGCGGCCCCUGCCCUACCACUACUACGACAAACAGACCCCCAAGCCGGGCGUUCACGCCAUGCCCGACGAGUUCACCCGCUACCUGGGCAUGCACCUGCAGGGCGCGCUGCGGCUGCAUCUGGGGCGCUGCCAGGAGGGCCUGGCCGGCGGCCGCGCACAACAAGGCUCGGACGGGGGGGUCUGAAAUGAGCCCCCCGGCCCCUCAAUUCAACCCGACUCCCUCCCCAGGUACCAAAGGAGGAAAAUAGCCAGUGGCAUCAAUUCAUUCGGCAUUCGUUAAUUGGCUUCUCUUCAGUGCUAUUUGAUUACCAAAGUUCAUUAAGGUCAAGGUGUUCGUUGGCCUCCUUUAAUUACUAUUUAAUUAUCACAGUUCCUUUACUAUGAGUUGUCGGCUGGCCUAUUCAUAGCUCUUUAAUUAUUGCAGUUUGUUCAUUGUAAUUAAUAAGUCAGCACCUCUUAAUUGUGAUUUAAUUAUCCCAGUUCAUUAGUCAACCACCCUUCACUGCCAUCUGUUGCUGGCUAGUGAGUC